CACCGACUUCACUUCCCGUCUCGAAAGAUCUUCUGCAGUUUCAAUUUUCGGCUUCCGGGCGUCCAAUACGAUACGCACCGUCCGAUUCGUACCGACGAGACGGGUUGAGCAAGAAAAUAUCCAUCUCAAACGAACGAAUUCUGUGUUUGCCGUGCUAGGCGUGCGAGAUCCCUUUGAUUUCGCCAUCGCGCCGACGAGAACCCACGGCCCAGAACACGCUUCGAACAAGCACGUACCUUCGCAAAGCACCCUUCAGCGCAAAUGCUCGGACCAGAAGAACGAACCAUCUCCCUGCCGACCGGAUGCCUGGUCCGAGUCGACGAAAACCGGGCCUUGGUGGAACUUCCGGUGGGCGUCUCCCGUAGGAAUUCGGGCGACGUCACUGGGGUUCCCACGGAUGGCUGGAACUCGAUCUCGUCGGCCAUCUGGAACGGGGGGCUGCGCUCGUUUCACUACGGCAACAAGAUCGACGCCGGCGACAAGGUGUGCGUUUUGAACUAUAAGGUUCCCAGCACCUAUGACGGUCUCAAUCCCGAACCAAAGGCUUUCCUCCGAUCCGCCAUCGGGAAGGAACCAAACAUUCGGCACGGGGACGAGAACGAAAACGAAAACCAAAACGAUUGCGACGGCAGCAGAAAUAGCAACGCCAAACACCACGGGAGUGUCGCCGGCAGCAGCGACGGGAGACACGGAAAAGGCUUUCUCGACGACGAGAACACCGUCGGAAUCAUGACGGCGGCCUCCAUGAGAUCCCUCCGGACGGCGAGCCGAUCGGCGGGGGGGAUUUUCGUGGACGCCAUCGUCACGGCGGGGAUUUCCAACGCGAGAACAGCGGGGGCCGACGCCGACGUCUUUGCCCUGCUCCCGGAGGACAGGGAGGAAGCCCCGCCCCCCCGGGGGACCAUCAACACGGUCGUGGUGGUCAACGGGGCGCCCCUGUCGGAGGGGGCCACCGUCGAGGCCUACGCGAUCGCCAUCGAGGCCAAGUGCGCGGCGUGUGCCGAUUUCCGACUGGCGUGCGCCAAGUCGCUGUACGGGAACGACCUCGCGCAGGGGACGGGAACGGACUGCGCCGUUCUGCUGGGCCCGGCCGUGCCGCGCUCGCAAUCGCCGCGGCCGCCCGGUGCCCCCGCCUUCCGGCUCGAGUACGCGGGGAAGCACUGCCUCCUGGCCGAGCUGAUCGGACAGGCCGUCCGGGAGGCGACCAGGGAGGCGAUCCGGUCCAACCUGGUCCACCUGUACGGAACGGUGUGGUGGUACCACCUCCACCGCUACAAGACCUACCUCUGGGGCCUCCUGCUGAAGGGAUCCCGCCCCUGCGUUCCCCCCAAGCCGAUGGAUCCGAUGCCGCCGUCGCCCCUCUCGGUGGUCCUGCUCGGAUGGGCGAUGGUCCUUCUGGCCUACUUUGGGUUCGGUCGAAUCGUGGGGCUGCCACGAUCGGCGACGGUACUGAUGGCGGCCGCCUUCUGGGAUCGGUGAGUCGGUGUUUGGAGUGUUUGGGAAUCCGUCGCUUUGCUAGAGUUUUCAAUGGAUUGUCCAACCACCUCUUGUCCGUGCUCCUUGUUUUCGAACCCGUUGUUCUUUUCCAAACCAUGCAACGCCAACACCACCGCAGCUGCCUUCCGGAGCCUCCGCUUUCGGUGCACCCGGUCGUUCUGGCGGGAACCGUCAUUAGCAUCGCUACAAAGAAAUGGAUCCCGGAACGAGUCUUUCGGAGCCCAGUCCUCGGAUUUUUCGGUGGGGUCCUGUUUCUGGUGGGGAUGCUCGCUCUCUUUGUGUCUGGGGCGCAAUUGUUCCUGGCCGUGGUCCAAUGGACGGAGGAAGCGAUCAAGGACCACCCGGGUCUCGGUGGUUGGGUCGUUCUCCAGCGGGAUGUGGUGCCGUUUGGUUCCUGGGUGCUGGAGGUAGUGCUUUUCAAAACCACGUUUUCGCUUCAGCUGCUGUGCACAAUCGCCCUUCAGAUGGCUCGAUUCCUCGAGCGAUCCCAGCUUCAAGAGGCCAGAGACCAGCUGGUGUGGCUGUGCAGUCGGGAUCCGAUGCAUCUGGGAUCCGAGGACCUGGCGGGCGGCACUUUGGAGAGCCUUUCGGUGAGUCCCGCACCGCAGUGUGGUUGUUUCUUACAAGUCGUCGUUUCGGAUUUUUGAAAGGAAAGAAAGGUGACCAAAGUACUCACGAUUCGCCUGGUUUUGCUCGGUUCGUUUUGCGGUUCGGCUUGGUGUAACGUGGACUCUGUUUUCAAUCUCGUCGAUGCCUACCGCGUUGUUCUUUUCCAGGAAAAUCUCUCGGAUGGUACAGUGGCUCCUUGGUUUUGGUAUAUCCUUUUUGGACCCGUUGGUGCCCUGGGCUACCGAGUUGCCAACACACUGGAUUCUCGCAUAGGUUACCGCGGAGGCCGGUACGAAUGGUUCGGAAAGGCCUCUGCCCGCUUCGACGACCUCGUCAAUCUGGUCCCCGCACGGCUGACGACUCUUGCCCUCGUAGCUGCCGCAGCGAUGGUCCCUCGCUGCAGCGCCAAAAGGGGAUUCGCGACGGCGUGGAAAGACUGUGCCCAGUGCUCUUCUCCAAACGCCGGGUGGCCAAUGGGGGCCAUGGCGGGCAUUCUUGGUGUUCGGUUAGAGAAGAAGGGAGAGUAUGCCCUAGGGAAAGACAUCCCGUGCGUGAAUGGACCAUCUCCGACGGACAUUCGAAACGGUCAUCGCGUAGCACAGCUUGCGGGGGGAAUUGCGUUUGUGGCUGCCCUCGCGGCGUGUUGCAUCAAGGACUGGAUCACUGGUUAGGACUGAACCUCUUUUGCUAAGCAUUCUAAAUAUAGAGAUAGAUCUAACGCGAAUCUCAAUUCACUACGUUUAGGGGGAAACAUAUAUUUAUGUACGGUAUAAUCAUGCUGUACUAGUAAAAAAAGGCAUCGUUGAAUACAAUUUGUGCGUCACCAGAAUCUUGCCUUCAUUCGGGAAAAUUGAACCGACCCCAUUAUAAACAAAACAAUCGAUUCACUUGUUACAAAAGUGAAAUAAACACUAAAAUCAGUUGGAAAAUAUAAAUAUGCAAUCGAGCAAGGCAAACAGGUUUCGUUCGAGGUUUCCUUUUGCUCUUUUCUACGCUUCUUGUACAAGAGCUUUUUCUUGGUCAGCUUCCUCUUCAUCCGCGGGUUUCUCUUCAUCGUCAUCUUCAUCGUCAGCAUCACCCUUUGCCUCUUCCUUAGGAACAGCUUCGCUCAUCUCCUUUGUCUCCUCGCCGUUUGUUCUGCAAACCGAGUAUGAGAGACCCGAGUCACAAGGUAGGAUGGAGUUCAAAAGCAUGGCGGUCACGGAACCAAUGCAGUAGCCAGUGGACAAAAAGAUGCUCACACCGUUGCGAAGCCCCUUCAUAGCAUCCGAGCAAUCUUCACACUUCCAAAAUGCGGCCGUGUAAGGAGACGCACGGCGGUCGAGAAAAGCGUAGGGCCAAACGGUUACACCGACACCUAGGGCAAGACUAAAGGCCAUGAUGAAUCGAUUGCGUCGACUUUCCAGGUCCACGAGUUUUGUGAGAUUGAUUCCGCUGGCAAGGACAUUUGCAAACAAGAAGAUGGUCAUCCCACCCAAAACGCAAUCGGGAAUGCUUGUAAUGACCCCUGCAACUUUGCUAAAAACACCAAGGAAAAUCAACCAGCCACCACAAGCAUAUCCGGCCCGUCUCGAGGCGCACUUCGUCAAGGCAAUAACUCCGUUAUUUUGAGAAAAGGUGGUAUUUGGCAUCGAUGUGAACAAACUCGCAAGGAUCGAGUUUAUAGCAUCGGCAGUUAGACCACCCUGAAUUGAGGUGUUGUAUUCCUCGCUUCCAGUUUCGAGUUCGGAUGCUUCGAAGACGGCUGUGUACAACGGCAGUGAUGAUCGUUUUGUUAGAACGAUUGGGUUCAAGAUAGCGAAUCGACUCGUAUCAGCAAGCUGCAAUGCAACUCAACCGAACGGGAUAAAGACAAACAACAUGAAAACCAAGUAGAGCAACAACAGCAAACACAUCCACGAAACCUACCAUUGAUGUCCCCAACGGUUUCGAUAGUCGUUACAAUAUAGGCGAUCAAUAGAGGAAUCACAGCUGGCCAGUAAAAGCCGAUUGGAAAUGUCUCUACCCACAAAAAGGUAAUAGGAUCGGCGUUUUUGAUAGCACUGGUAUCCACGUAAGAGUUACCAUCAAGACUAGAAAGUCCAGCCACCAUGUAUCCAAACAAUAGGGCCAGGAUGACGUUGCAGUUCUUCAUGAAGACGCUUCCAAACAAUUCGAUGAAGACAAGGAAUGUCAUUACCGAGAAUCCGAGCCCAAUGUAUUGUGGCGCACCGUAGAACUCACUGGUUUCGCCGUUUGCACAGGUUGGAAAGGGAGGUGGAAAGCUAAGAUCUUCUUGCGAGACAAUCUGAGCAUGGGUUUUCCAUCCCAUUUCGGCACAAACCACACCGCCGCCCCAAUACUUCAUUCCAGUGCCAGUGAGGGCAACCCCAAUCAGAAUGACAGAGAUCGAUGUUACAAUAGGCGGAAAAAUUUUCAUGAUGCGUUUGUGGGGCAAGAUCGAUAGGAAGAGUUCCAAGAGACAGCAAACCAUGCUGGUUCCGAGCAUUUUUCCGUAGGCGACACCUCCGUCCAAUCCGUCCCGUUUCAUUUGAUCAAUGGCAAUUUCAUAGAUAGGCAAGAAAGUAAAGGAAGUUCCCAUAACACUUAGCACGCCGGAACCCAUGUAGAGAGUCCGUCCAAAGACUUUUUCGGAGAAAGGAAUAGAUAACUUCAAGACAU